AAUUCGUCUUUACCCGUUUCUCUCAAGUUCCUCUGCCAUUCUUCCUCUGAUUCAAGUUCUGUUAUUCUUAGAUUUCAUCUUCAAUCUCUGUUAUAUGUUAUUAUCUCAUGAUUUCAUGUUUAAACCGUAUCAUCUAGAUUUCAAACACUCUUUUUUUGUAAUUUUGUUGUGCCUUUUCUUCGGGAGAGGUUGUUUGUCGACACAUAUGGCAGGUAUCGAGUUAGCCAAAGGCGUUAACGGCCUCGAAAAAAUCAUCCUCCGCGAGUCUCGCGGCAGCUCCGCCGAGGUGUAUUUGUAUGGAGGCCAUGUGACAUCUUGGAAGAAUGAGCAAGGAGAGGAGUUGCUUUUCGUCAGUAGUAAGGCAUGGUUCAACCCUCCAAAGCCCAUUCGUGGUGGAAUUCCUAUAUGUUUCCCCCAAUUUUCAAAUCUUGGUCCUCUUGAGUCGCAUGGGUUUGUCAGAAAUAAAUUUUGGAGCAUUGACACUGACCCACCUGCAUUUCCUACAAACUCAACCAGUAAAGCUUACAUUGAUUUGAUCCUGAAGGCUUCUGAAGAAGAUAUGAAGAUUUGGCCUCACAGUUAUGAGUUCCGCCUUAGGGUAGCUUUGGGACCUGGAGGAGAUCUAAUGUUAACAUCUCGCAUCAGGAAUACUAAUAGUGAUGGGAAGCCAUUUACAUUCACAUUUGCAUAUCACACAUAUUUUUCUGUUUCUGAUAUCAGUGAAGUUCGUGUUGAAGGAUUAGAGACACUCGAUUAUUUGGAUAAUUUACAGAACAGGAAGCGAUUUACUGAACAGGGAGAUGCGAUAACAUUUGAAGGAGAAGUGGACAAGAUAUACCUCAGUACUCCUACAAAAAUUGCAAUUCUGGAUCAUGAAAAGAAGAGAACCCUUGUAUUACGCAAAGAUGGACUUCCCGAUGCCGUCGUGUGGAAUCCCUGGGAUAAAAGGGCAAAGACUAUACCUGAUCUCGGAGACGAUGAGUACAAGUAUAUGCUGUGUGUGGAGGCUGCUGCUAUCGAGAAACCCAUCACAUUGAAACCCGGCGAGGAGUGGAGGGUAAGGCAAGAACUCUCUACUGUUCCGUCCAGUUACUGCAGUGGCCAACUUGAUCCUCAGAAAGUCGUCCUGGGUAACUGAAGACCCCUUACGGCGGUCGUUUAUAUGUCCAGGUAAUCGUGCAUCAUAGUUCUUUUUCCUCGACGUGUUUCAACGUAACGGAUUUCAUUUCGAAACUAAAAUCUGUGGUCAUUGGCAGUCGGUGUCUGGCAAAAAUUCGAGUCGAUAAACCCCAUUCGUUAAUUAUGCACAUGCAGGAAUCAUGAGGGAACAUGCUGUGGUUAAAUCCUGGAUUUUUUUUGUUUAAUUAAUGCAAAUAAGGGGCUUAGGACAUUGUGGAACAAUGUUAUUAUUCAGCUGUGGAUGAGCUGUGUUAUUUGUCUAUGGUCUGUCUUUUGACUUGUCUCAUCUCCCGUUUUGCAAGAACUUACUUUUUCUAUUUGAGUUGGAUUUUUUAUA